AUGACUGGAUCCUGCGCUGCGUCAGGAGAGUGCCCCGAGAAUGGAUGCAGGAGGAAGCAUUACCGUCUUCUUCAUGAGGCAAACAAUGAAGGCUUCAGGAGACCGCCACAGCGAGGCGGCAAUUGGAGAAGCUACAACCGGCAGGCAGCCGGACCGAGGGAAGGCGUCCGAGUGAAUGAAGGAGCAGCGUCAUCCGUGGAUGCUUCUGCGACGCCGGAGAGAAAUUUGAGCUGUGUCGACGAGGACCGAGAACGACUUCUGUUCCGUGUAUUGCCGGUGACACUAUACGGAGAUGGGAAGCAGGUGGAUACGUACGCUCUUCUGGAUGAAGGUUCUUCGGUGACGAUGGUCGACAACGAGCUGGUUGCAGAGUUAAGCGUACAAGGAGUACGUCGUCAGCUGAAUGUUCAAUGGUUCGGAGGCAGGGCCACAAGAGAGCCUACUAACGUGGUACGUCUGGAGAUCAGUGGAGCAGGCAAGUCCUCCCGACAUGUGCUGAGAAACGUCUAUGCCAUUUCGAACUUGAGUCUGCCGAUGCAGAGCCUGCACAGAAGGGAUGUUAGGAGCGUGAACAAGGACGCUCGAUUACCAAUGAAGCCCUACCAAAAUGCAGUGCCGAAGCUGCUUAUUGGUUUUGACCAUGGGCAUCUAGGACUGCCAUUGAAAACGAGACGGUUUGCCAGCGAGGGACCGUACGCGGCCGCAACCGAAUUAGGAUGGGUUGUUUUUGGGCCUGUAGAAGGACGACGAGACACGCCAUCACCGAGGUCUUGUCUGCUAGCCACGUCGUUGGAUGAUAACGUGGAACGGAUCGUCGAGGACUACUUCGAGAUCGAGAACUUCGGUGUGAAGGCGGCGCCAACGGCCGCAGCCAGCGACGACGUGAGGGCUCAGAAGAUCUUGGAGGACACUACGGUGCGAGUUCGCCGCCGAUACCAGACGGGAUUAUUGUGGAAAACGGAUAACAUUGUGCUGCCACGGAGUUAUGAUAUGGCGUACAAUAGAUUGGUCAACAUCGAGAAGAAAAUAAAGCGAGAUGGGCAGUUCGCCCAAGAAUAUUCACGGAUUGUUAAUGAUUAUGUCGACAAGGGAUACGCUCGGCGUCUGGAACGACAGGAGAUCGAUUCGGGAAGCGAUAGAACAUGGGAAGGUGCCGUCGGAGUCUGCAGCGACAUUAAGGAGAUGUUUCACCAGGUGCUGAUCCGACCCGAAGAUAGAUGUGCGCAACGAUUUCUGUGGAGAGAUGGGAAUGACCAACGGGACCCCGACGUCUACGAGAUGUGCGUGAUGACCUUUGGAGCUGCAUGCUCACCGAGUUCGGCGCAUCAUGUGAAGACAGUGAAUGCCAAGCGAUUCCUGGAUUCGGAUCCCAGAGCAGUCAAAGCCAUCGUGGACUACCACUACGUGGACGACUAUGUGGACAGCUUUGCCACAGAGAGCGAAGCUAUCGAAGUAUCUAGCAGAGUGAAGAAGGCGGUUUUGAGCUUUGCAAGUUUUCGUCCAGUUCGCCUACAGUGGAGAGGAUGCUUGGACCCAGUGAUCACGCCCAGAGUAUUGGAUGGGUUGUUGUUGCGAGAGGUCUGGAGAAGGAAGAUCUCAUGGGAUGAACCACUACCGGCUGAGAUGUACAACGCCUUUAUGGACUGGCGUAAAGAGAUGGAGAAAGUGGAACGUUUUCGGAGCCCACGUCACUACUUUGGAUCCGGGCUGGUGAAGACUGUCGAGAUGCACGUGCGACGUGCAAGUGAGGUUCGUGUGCGCAAAGACGAAGUGUGCACCGAUGCGAACGAUGACGAUUCCACGGUUGGAGCUGCAGGCAGCAGUUCUAGGAACGAGAUAGUGCUGCGUUGGAUUGGCAGCACACACAGGCGCUACAAGCAGUUCGUAGGGAACAGAGUAGCCGAGAUUCUGGAGUCGACGACGGUGGCCCAAUGGAGAUGGCUACCAUCCGCCGACAACGUGGCAGAUGAUGCAACUCGAGCGCAACGCAGCGUGGACCUAAGCGAGGAGUCACGCUGGUUAAGAGGACCGGCAUUCCUGAGGAGACCAGCGGGCAGCUGGCCAGGAACUGCACCCACCGACGAAGCGGAUGCAGAAGACGAAGAGGAGAUGCCGGUUGAGCUGGAGAACUACGGCCUUAAUGUAGCUGAGUGUGAAGCAGCUGAGGACUUGUUAUUCCGUCGAGCACAACGUGAGGCGUUUCCCGAUGAGGUGCAGGCCGCAGAGAAGGGCUUGGACGUCGCUAAAGGAAGCGACAUAUGUGGACUGGCGCCAUACCUAGAUGGCAAUGGAAUCCUGCGAGCGUAUGACAGGAUCGAUGCGGCGCUAUGUAUACCGUACAGCGCCAGGAGGCCAGUGAUCCUCUCCCACCGGCAUGGUCUCACGGAGAUGAUUGUGUGCGACGCCCAUGUGAGGAUGAAGCAUCAAAACGUGGAUGCUACGAUGGCGGAUAUCCGGACCAGGUUCUGGAUUACGAGACUACGGAGAGUGCUUCGUAGUGUGAUCUCGGGAUGCAGCGAGUGUAAGCUGGACAGAGCACGGCCGAUGCCGCCGAUUAUGGGACCCCUGCCAGAUGAUCGUUUGGACGCCUAUGGCUGGCCGUUUAAGAGCACAGGCCUCGACUACUUUGGGCCGCUGCUAGUGACCGUUGCUCGGCACCAAGAGAAACGGUGGGUGGCCUUGUUUACGUGCCUGACGACCAGGGCGAUUCAUCUGGAACUGACACAUGACCUGUCGACUGAUUCCUGCAUACUUGCAAUCAGGAAUUUCAUCUGCCGUCGAGGGCCUGUACAUAGACUGCGCAGCGACAAUGGCAAGAACUUCGUUGGAGCAGACAGAGAGGCCAAGAGAUUUGCAGAGAUCUUCGAACCCGAGAGGAUCCAGUCGGAGCUGUCAAGCAAAGGAAUUGAAUGGAUCUUCAACUGCCCAGCGAACCCGUCAGAGGGUGGAGUUUGGGAGCGAAUGGUACAGUGCGUGAAGAGGGUGCUACGCCACACAGUGAAGGAAGUGGCGCCGAAGAGCACGUGA